GGAAAAGUGAAAUAGAUAGAUACACACACUCAGUGAAGGAGAAGAAGAAAGAAAAAAACAAAUCAGUCGGAAUAGUGGGAAAAUAAGAAACAGAGGCGAAAACGUUUUGUUUAAUCGGAGAUCACAAUCAUCGGUUUCAAUGGCGGAUCGGAGCAAAGGCUGUAUGAGAGAUGAAUUCGUGACGUAUGCUUACAUUUUACUUUACAUCGCCCUUUCUAGUGGUCAAAUCUUCUUUAAUAAGUGGGUUUUGUCAUCUAAGGAAAUCAAUUUCCCUUAUCCGCUUGGAUUGACGUUGCUCCACAUGAUCUUUUCCUCUGUCUUGUGCUUUAUUCUUACUAAAGUUCUUAAGAUCGUGGAGGUUGAGGAUGGAAUGACACUAGAAAUAUAUGUUACAUCAGUUAUUCCAAUAGGUGCAAUGUUUGCAAUGACCCUCUGGUUGGGAAACACUGCCUACCUAUACAUAUCAGUUGCAUUUGCGCAGAUGUUGAAGGCCAUAAUGCCUGUUGCUGUGUUUAUUCUUGGAGUAGCUGCUGGACUUGAAAUGAUGAGCUGCAGGAUGCUUUUGAUAAUGUCUAUCAUUAGUUUCGGUGUUUUAGUGGCUUCUUAUGGAGAAUUAAAUAUCAACUGGAUCGGAGUGGUUUACCAAAUGGGUGGUGUUGUUGGGGAAGCCUUGAGGCUGAUAUUCAUGGAACUUCUUGUCAAGAGGAAGGGCAUCAAAUUAAACCCAAUCUCUCUUAUGUACUACGUGAGUCCCUGCAGUGCUAUUUGCUUGUUUGUACCGUGGAUCUUUCUAGAGAAAUCGAAGAUGGAAGGCAAUGGCACAUGGAACUUCCAUUUUGUAGUGUUGACCCUUAAUUCCCUCUGUACAUUUGCCCUCAACUUGUCAGUUUUCCUGGUGAUUUCUCACACAAGCGCUCUCACUAUCCGAGUUGCUGGCGUUGUCAAGGAUUGGGUAGUUGUCUUGGUCUCAGCUCUUCUCUUUGCGGACACAAAACUCACAGUCAUUAAUCUUUUCGGUUACGCCAUAGCCAUUGCCGGUGUAGCAGCUUAUAACAACCAUAAGCUGAAGAAGGAAGCAUCCAAAGUUACCUCAGAAACUCCAGCUGAUGGUGAAUCAAUACCGUUGGUGACACAAGCUAAUACUAAUACAGAGAGAUGAUGAUGGCCUAGAUUCUUGAAAAAUAUAGUUUCUCACCAUCAGUCUUGAGGUAAUCUUUGAUUGUUUGUUUUCUCAUAUGUACCGUCCGAAUUAUAUAACUUACACAACACUAUCUGUACCAGAAAGAAAGGAAAAAAAAAAAGAUUUAAUCUAAUGGUUUGAUUCUCGUAAA